GGAUCAGACCCGGUCCGGAUCGGGCAGAAGUCGCGCGUUUCCACGACCUCCGACGCGUCAUUAAAACGCGAAACGCGUGUGAUAAACUAACAAAUAGUACUUAUUUAGUUACUCAACUAUAUUAUUUGUAAACGCUCAGUGUUUGUUUGUUUAGUGCGUGAAGACUUCAAGAGGAUUCGAUAGCGACAUAUCCGGCAUGCCUCAUACAGGUCAAGCCGGGGUCAAUCAGCUAGGGGGCGUUUUCGUAAACGGUCGUCCCCUCCCCGACGUGGUUCGCAAGAGGAUUGUCGAGCUGGCCAUCAUGGGUGUCAGGCCUUGCGACAUCAGCAGACAGUUGCUCGUGUCCCACGGAUGCGUCUCCAAGAUCCUGACGAGGUUUUACGAGACCGGCUCGAUUCGGCCCGGUUCAAUCGGCGGAAGCAAGACUAAGCAAGUGGCAACUCCGACUGUGGUCAAGAAGAUACUCCGAUUAAAACAAGAGAAUCCAGGAAUGUUUGCGUGGGAGAUCAGAGAACGACUCCUCAGCGCUAGAGUGUGCGAACCACAUUCCAUACCGUCAGUAUCUUCAGUGAACCGAAUCCUUAGGAACAGCGGGCUGGCAUGGAAUGACGAUGAAGGCAGAGGACACGAACCCUAUGCACCGCCGGAACAGCCGCCAAAUGUGCUAGACUACAUGGCCCCAACGCUUCUACCGCAACAGAAUCCCCCCUACCUGAUCCACCCCGCAGUACGUGUGCCCCUACAGUCAACAGAACCCAGGAUUUACGACAGACGACUCGCCACAUCCUGGUUCCUGGCUAACCAAGUCCAGACCCAGGGACUGCUGAAGCCUUACCCGAUAUCGCCCUGGCAGCGUCUGGUUUCACCGUACGACAGCAAAGAAUUCCCACCAUACGCUUUGGCACUUCACAAUGACCUGCUCAAAAUGAAUUCAGAUGCUAAAUCAGAAGACUCCGAGCAUAUAUCGAUUGACGCCAGCGAUGAUAGCACAGAUAAGCCCGAACAAGAAGAGAUCGAACCGAAAACGGUCGACGAAAGGGAGAAAAAGAAGAAUCCAUAUUCAAUAGAAGAACUAUUGAAGAAGCCGAGCAAGAUGAACGUGAAACCUUGUUUUCGUUUCCUGCCUCACUCGAGCAGCAGCGUUGCUGAUAUGCAGGAAAAGGACAGCAAUAGAAGUUCACCAGCAAGCUUUUGCUCAAUGCAAAGCGGCGUAUCCAAUGAUUUCACGGAACCAAUCAGUUCGGAAAUAAAAGCGGGAAAUUGAUGAGAAAUAGGCCUUCCCCAAUGCCUUCUACAGAAUGCGGUUCUCCGCCUUCCGCAUCCAACGACUUCCCGCCGUGCGCACUAAGUCAUCAGUCCACCUGGUUGGAGGACGCCCCACGCUCCUGGUACCCAUCCGUGGCCUCCAUUCGAGGACUUUCCUCUCCCACCUGGCGUCGUUGGUUCGACAGACGUGACCGGCUCAUUGCCACUUUAGCCUGCUGACUUUGAGAGCUAUGUCCAGCAGUGGGCAGAUAAAGGCUGAUGAUGAUGAUGAGAAAUAUGGUCGAAUCCAACACAGAUAUAAUAUGAAGAAUAUUUUCGAAAGUUGAACAAUUAUCAUUUUUGUCUGCUAUAAUUCUCUUUCCUACAGUAGGUACUUAUGGUUUCUUCUGUAUUCUUUUGUGCGUUUUAGUCAUUCCAGUGAUUAAAUAAGUUAAGUCAGUUAAGACUAUAGUGAUUUUAUUUGUUGAUAACUCGUUUUUUUAAUUGUAAAUACAGAAUGAACAUUCUCCAAUGUAUGGUUUUAGAAUAAAAACAUUCAUUUCUCUAUUCAAAACAUCACCAUUCCAACAAUUAUAUCUUAUUAGACAUCUUAUUAAAUUAUAAUUUGCGUAAUUACUGGUGGUAGGAUGUCUUGUGACUCCGCACGGGCAAGGGCGGAUCCAGCUUUGGCGCCAGGAGGGGGUCACAUAGUCAGAUUUAGAUGCGUUCGUUCCCAGACGUUUGCCAUUAUACAAAGUUAUUAUAUUAUAUUAAAUUAAUUAAAUAUUGAAGGUAUGUAGUUACAUAAAAUCUGUAUGGUGACAAAAUAUAUAAAUAAAAUCAUUAUAUUCAAUUAGUGGUCCACCUAAGUCCUGGAACCAGCUCAGGGGGUGGUCAUGACCCCAUGACCCCCCCCCCUGGAUCCGCCAUUGCGCACGGGUAGGUACCACCACCCAGCCUAAUUCUGGCGUGAAGCAGUAACGCAUUUUGGUUUGAAGGGCGGGGCAGCCGUUGUAACUAUACUUGAGACCUUAGAACUUAUAUCUCGAGGUGGGUGGCGCAUUUAUGUCGUAGAUGUCUAUGGACGCCAGUAACCACUUAACACCAGGUGGGCUGUGAGCUCGUCCAUUAAUUUAAGCAAUAAAUAAAAACGGUAGAAUAGAUUUCUACCUAAGUUCUAUUUCCUGUGGUAUUGUGGACGAAAAAUGAAUCAUGUCCGUGUAAGUUUUUAAUAAUUAAGCAUUACCAUUCUUCCUUUAUUUUAGUGAGUAACAUAAAACUCUGCCAUAUGUAAAUUAUGUUAUUGAGAUUUUAGAAUAUAAUUCAAUUUAGGAUCUAAUAAAAUGAAUUUAGUAACUAGCCUUAGAUAAUUUAUUUGUAAAAAAAAAUAUUAUUUUGUGUAUUUUAUUGAUUGAUAAUAAGUUAAAUAGGAUUCCAUUAAUAUACUUAUGUAAUAUUAAUUUAGAGGAAAACAUAUAUGUAAGCUUAUGUUUAAAGUAAUUCUGUGAUAGUGUAUAUACAUAAUGUAAGUUUAAUACAUUGGAACGUAUGUUUGUGUCAUCUUAGCAUGAGUUCGCACUGUAGAAUAUUGCAUUUUAUCGUCAACACUUAGAACAUGUAGAACUAGUCUUAUUGUGUGUCUUUCGAUUUUCAUGAGACGUAGACGUAAUUAAAACUGUUUUACGGUUUAAUUUAACGUUUUUAUUAUCAUUAUAUUAUACUAGCUGUACCCGUCCGCUUCGCUGGGCAUUUAAAUUUAACAUUAUUAUUUCUCACCCCCCCAAAAAAAUACUCAUCAUUAACGCCCCCGCAACUGGUGUAGGGAGUACAAUACUCUUAUAAAUAUUAACCUAUGCGUUAAGUACAUGUAUUUUCUACAUGGAUACCAAGUUUCAAGUCAAUCGGAUGCACGGUUCAGUAGUUAUAACGGAACAUCCGUAAAAACCACUGUAGAUUUAUAUAUUAGUGUAAAUUACUCCCGACGUUACCUUAGAGUACCAAUACUUUACAGUUUCCGUGGACACGGGCGACGGUAAAAAUAGUGUUACGCGCUGGGGUUCAGAAUAAAUAAAAUUCUAUCCAAUUACAAGUUAACACUUCACUCAAUUCAACACUUUAAACACUUUAAAAUUCUCAAUUCGCUUCUUCCGCUUCGCUUCAGGUGAUCCAUUCACUGUUUCUAAUUGACUGCGUGCCAUCUCUGCAACGCUUUUAUAGUCGAGACGUUGCUAACACUAGCCCUAGCAAGAGCAGUGCUUCGCAGAAUCUACCACUGGAUCGGAAACGCGACCCACUGAGAAAAUCCGGCGAGAAACUAAGUGGGCUGUGUCUGUGGGUUAAUUUAUUCGUCAAGCCCUGCGUUUUAUUGCGGCCCUAGUGAUACACGUGACGGAUUUCUUAUAAUACUAGAAGAAAUAUAGAUAUAGUAAACAUUGAGUGAAGAGUAUUUCUUAUAGAAUGCGAUUAUUAGGUGCGGCACAAGCCCUGAAUAUAUUAGUGGUGAUUUUAGAGAAACUUCACAUCAAUAAAACCCUUCUAUAAUACAUGAAACACAUGCAAAACGUUUGUAUAUAAACUGUACUAUAUAGUCGUAAUAGUGUAAUAGUUCCGUAAAUUGUGUAUAUAAACAUAUUAAUAAGAAGUAAACAUAGCAUGUUCAAUUGUUUAUUCAAAUAAAUUAAAUAAACAAAUUACA